AUGGAAAAGAGAACAGUGCCUACAGAAUUGCCUGAACGAUUGAUGGAAGGAUUGAGGGAAACGACUACUAAUUGCAACGGCCUUGUUGAAGCAAGGAUAAGGGGCUGCUCCAUUCCACACACUGAGCGAUUUCUACAUGGCGUAAUAACUGGGCAGAAUGGGACCAACGCGAUCAACAGCACAGCAUACUCCAUUGUUACCACAACAAACAUUCAACUGCCAAUGACAAACGCCGUUGCCAUUGCCGCUCAUGACGCGACUCUAGUGGAAACUACUCCUGCGACUCAGGCUUGCCGUCAGUCUUUUCCUCGAAGCAUCCACACCUAG